GAGUAAAAACAGGAGCAGUCGCAGAUUCGAGCUCGACCGAGGAGGAGAAAGAAGAAGAAGCAGAGAGAGAGAGAGGGAGAGGAGGAGGAGAAGAAUAAAGAGAAGAACCCAGAGGAAGAGGAGGAGGAGUGUGGAUGUAGCUGUUUGCGGACGGUUUGCGGAGAAUGCGCAGCUGCUGAGCGGCUGUAACUUUGUGAAUCUGCAGAGACGCAGAGGAUGGGAGUGACCUGCUGCUCCAGAUGUGUCUCAGUCUUCCUGUCUCUGCACAUCUUCUCAGUGUUGCAGACGGUGCUGGUCAGCGCUGGUCAAUGUGACUCGGUGUUUAAAGGAUUCUCGGACUGUCUGCUUCAGCUGGGGGAGAACAUGGCCAACUAUCCCCAGGACCUGGACGACAGGGAGAACCUGCACAAGAUCUGCACUUACUGGGAUAACUUCCACUCCUGUGCCACAACGGCGCUGGCCGACUGCCAGGAGGGAGCGACGGACCUCUGGGAGAAACUGAAAAUGGAGUCCCGCAAUCUGGAUUUCCGUGGGAGUUUGUUUGAACUCUGUGGCGGCGGCAACGGAGCCCCCAGAUCUGCCGACGCCAGGGGCCUCGCCUGGGUUCUAACCGCACUGCCCACCAUACUGACUUGGCUGGCGUUUUAACAGAUACCAGGAAAACAUAAAAACACAAGGGAAAAGAAGAAAAACGGAAAAAACCCAAAUAAAAAAAGAAAAUAGAAAAAGAGUGAUAGCUGCUCUUCGAUACUGAAAAUACGACUUCCUGGACUGAGUUCGAAUCCAUCACCAGAAAACUACGCCCGAGACGGAUUUUAAUUAUUGCAUCACUCCACGGCGGGGGACACUUCCUGGGACAUCUGCAGGUCGUCCUCCCGGAGCGCUCAUCCAAUCACACGCUGACCCGACCCGGGCGACGACAUGAAAUAUUCAACAAGCCGUUGAGCUGAAAUGAUGACAAUGAUGAAAAUUUGAUGGAUUCUUGGCCACUUACAAUCGUGGAAUUACACAGUAUUAAAGUCAACCAUGAAUUAUUGAUGUUUAGUGGGCUCGGCCUAGACGCCACCAUGUGACUGCAGGGUGCUGACACAGUGUCAGGCUGUAUAUUAGGUUCCCUUAUAGCCGGAGGCACAUCUUCACGUGUACGCCAGGCCAAGCUUAACGCCAUCAAAUCAAUACGACAAGCCAAGGCCCGGAGUCCAUUUCAGAGCCGUCACCUCAUUUCCAUCACGGACAGUUUCUCCUUUUUUAUUGCACCGACUCGGUUGCGCUGCUGGGUUUGACGGACUGAAUGCUCGAUGCUGAUGUAAUGUUUGUAUUCUCUGUUCGUUGUGCUCAGGCCACGGUCACACAAGCUUUUAUUCCUCAUGGCGACAUUUAGCAGCAACUGGAAUUUGUUUGUUUGGAGUCGUCACAGUCGGUGAUCCGGUCAGUUUCCACCUGUACAGGUGAACGGGUAAAUCUGUGGCUCUGACAAAAGCAGCAGUGCGGUGGACCCAUGCAGCGUGGCUUGCAGUUCAUUGUGAGCCUGCAGGGGGCAUGUUUUUAAACGUAUAGGGUUUUAAACUUGGUUGUUGAGACGGCUACAACCAAACCCAGCUGAAGAAAUGUUGCUCUGCCACUUCCUGUUGUGACGCAGCAGCGUUUACUCCGCGAGCUCCGACGACGUGGAGUUCAACGCCUGCUUCUCGUCCUCAGCUCAGACUGAUGAUCUGCGUCAAGUCGCUUCAGCUCGAUUCAGGAGAUGAGCACAAACGGAAAUGUUGAUUAUCGCUGGUGAUGGAAAAAAUAUUCUGUUUUUCACUAAAGAUUUAAAAGUAUUUACUUACCCAACUAAUUUGGCUUGACUAAAAAGAUUAGCAUUAGCUUCAGUUAAGCUAACGUUUUGGUUUACAAUUAAAAUCAAAGGCAGCUAAAACGUGGGUGGCUAACUAACAGUUUGUCUUAUAGCUAAAAGCAAUCGAUGGAGAUUAGCCAUUGGUUUGAGUUAGCAGCAGAAAUGUAUUGUGUGAAGUUAGCUUCGGUUCAGGUGGGUUAGCUAAAGUAGACCAGUUAAAACAGAGCGAGUGAGGUUAGCUAAUGUUUCAGUUCAGCAACACAUCAAAGGCUAGCUGGCGAUUUGAGUGAUUAAACAUAUUGAUCAGUGUAAUGUGUUAGCUGAAGCUCGCGGGUUGGGUUAAAUAAAGAAAGAAGAGAAGUGGUGAACACAGGUUGUGUCUAGUUCAUAGUUAACAGCUCAGUUCGGAAGCUAAAGUAGAAUCAUGUUAGCUAAUAGUUGAGUUUAAAGGUUGAAGUUAAAACAUUUGUUUAAAUGAGCUAAACUCCAGGUUAGCGAAGAGCUGAAGUUAGCAUGUGGCUAAAUGAGCGUUUCAGUUUGGUGCUGAUUUAAUUGAUAAAACUGUUCAACUUGAAUGUCUCAUAAAGUAAAUAAGUAGUUUUGUGCUCAUUUCCUGAAAUCUCAUCUCUUCAAUCCCGUACCGAACUGUAUCCAUGUUGGUGGCUGAUUUCCCAUCAUGCCUCUGUUGGCCACCCCCCCGCUCGGCAGAUCCUUGUGUUAGAAAUGAAUGAAUCUGUGGGUUAAAGGAAGAAAUUAGAUUUUAUUUUGAAAAGUUGACAGCAAUACAACGCAGUGACUUCAUGGCCAGUGUAGCUACAAAUAAAAAGUAUAUAUAAUAAAACACCGUGGCUGAAGAGCGAUACGACUGUUUCCAUUGAGCACAUCCCCCCCUUUUCAUCUGCGGUGAUUCAUACUAGACGAUUUUAGAGGUGAUGUAUUUUAGGUCUGUACGUGAAACAGCCGAGUCCCAACAGUAGCAUCGUAACGCGUCGACAUGGAGGAGGAGUUUCUCUGCUGAGGCUCAACACGUGUUCUUCUGUUCGUCUCUGAGUUCGUCUCUUUGUUCGUUUAUGGGGAUGUCGCGUUAUGACGUUUAAAAAAGGACUUGUUCCAAAAAUCAUCUAAAUAAGAGAAUAUGUAUAUCAAAGGGAUUUUGAGAAAAUAAAAAAGUUCUAUUAUAAAUAGUAUCCCAGACAGUUUUAACAGAAGAUUGAUACAAAUUAUAAGUCUACUGAGAUAUUUAAAAGAAAAAAGAAAAGAUUGCUAAAAUGAUAAAGAUUAAAUAAAUAAAAUGACUAAUGUUUGAAAA